AUGAGCAGCAACUUGGGCGUUCCUGUCGAGCCGCAGGUGUAUAUUGGUACCUGGACCAACUGGUCUCGUGGCAAGAUCCUCGGUGCGACGCUCACCCUCACGCAAGUAAACGGCAGCUUCCUGAUCGCCUUCCUUGCCUUGUUCGUGUCCUUUGCUGGAACGAGCUUCUUUCGCCUCACAUGUUUCGCGCUUCAUCACAUCUUGUCUUCGAGGAACCCAGAGGAUGACGUCUACCACCAACGCCAGGCCAUUCUGCGGAACUCCGCUAGUGGAUCGAAUGCUUUCUGCUCGCUAUCGUCUCUAUUGUGGUCCCAUCGACACCAAACCAAACAGGAGACGCACCCGUUCAAACGCGUUGCACCUCUUCUACUCCAUGCUGCAGUCACAAUCGGAGCGUUUGCUGUUGCUGGUAUCUAUUCCUCAAGAAUUACAGCACUCACCGGAGACGAGGUCUUGGUACAUAGCCCUGAGAAUCUAACUGGGGGGAAUUACUCCUUCGAAGACGAGUUCACUCUCUACUGGCCCUUCAUGUCUACCAGGAUCAACGCCUUUGCCAAUUACGCUCAAGACUGCUACUCCGACGGAGAGACGAAGGCAGCCGCCUGCAAGAUGUUUAUGAAGCCACAGCUUCCUCGUCAAAUUGAUAUGAAUGCUGCAUGCCCGUUCGCGUCUAGUCUGUGUCGGACGAACACCGGAAACGUUCGGAUCGAUACAGGAUUUUUGGACAGCCACCAUGAUCUCGGGUUCAAUGCUCCAGAAUCAGACCGUUUCAGUUUCCGACACGUUCUUCAAUGCGCGCCUCUAACUACCGAGGGAUAUGUCAGACACGCGAAUUACUCUAGUGAUUCUGUCUCGCUUCCAUUCUCUCUAUACUACUAUGGACCGCUCAACCUCGGGAGCAAUGUCACCAACUAUACGCACGCUCAACAGACCCAGACGAAAGAGCUUGCUGGCAUGGAAUGGUCUUCGUUUGCUCGUUAUAGCAUUCUGUCGGUUUAUGCGCCCUCGCUCAGCACAAAUUCAACAAAUGCUUGGGACCCCAUUGAAGGACUUAGAGGCACCAACUCUGAUGUAACCCUUACGUUUUUAACUGCCAGGAACAUAUAUUAUAGCAAACCGGUAGAUGAUUACUGGUUCUCGGCACAUCAACACUGGAAGGAUGUUCGUACGGCAUACUCUGAGCCAAUCCCUUCGUACAAUGCCGACGAAGCGGCUUCUCCACUCGGCUGCACCACCCAAGUCCAAUUUUGCCUUGGGUCAAGAACAAAAACUCCACUCUGCUCGCCAUUGGAAGGACUCAUCGACCUUUUCCAGGAAGAUGGCGCCACCAAUACUACUUUCGCGUUUUCAGAGCCUACAACUGAGGCCCAAACAAACUUCACAAGGGCCUUUCAGAAGAAGUUCCUGGGGGCAACAGCACUUCCCACAGUCCUCCAAAUCUUAGGCGGCGAAAUCCUCCAGGCAAGGUUCAGUCUCCAUGCGACCUUUCAAGUCGGGUUGCCGGACGACCAGUGGAAAACGGAGGUCAAGCAGUGGUCCGCUAUUCUACUGGCCGCUCUUCAGGAGAGCAUAUUGGAUUGGGCCACGGGGCCAUCCGACGAGCGCUUGAUUACCUAUCUCCCGCGUCCGAAAAACGACCAGGAGAAAUUCUUCGCUCAAAACUUGAAAAUUCGCAGCACCGCGCACGCUAACUUUUCUAUACUCGGCCUCUGCAUUACGUUCGGUGUUGGUGGCUUGAUUCUCUUAACCGAAGCUAUCCUCGAAUGCGUGUACGUCCGGCUCCUCUGGAAAGGGCGCGACUUCCAUCAAUAUCCGCGUCUCGAGUGGUGCCUCAACGGGACGCUGCAGCUCCAGCGUCUCGCGCAUGAACAGCUUGGGUACGGCAAGUGGACCCGCUGCGAUGAAGGCGUCCCGUUCCUCGAGGACGACACCAAACUGGCUACUGUGGAUCUGGAAAACCCGAAGCAUCCGAUGCUGAAAGCGAAAGAGGAUAACAGUGCGUGCGGGAGUGAGUCGACAAUGAGCGGCAAGGGAAGUGCUACGCAGAUUGAAAUGGCUCCGAAUGGUGCAGCGCCAUCUGGGGAUACUCACCAGGCCUCCGGCGGAUCCUCCGCUGAACAAAUCGGUGGCAAUAACAGUCCACGUCCCGUCGGCGGCCUUGAGAUGGUUAGCGCUCCGCUUUCGCCGGUCUCACUGGCCACUUAGCAGAUAGGGGAGGAGAUGGAGAGGCUUGUAAGGAGAUGGGGAAGGUUGAAUUUUGGAAGGGGAGGUGCGGGAGUGGGCAUUUGGGCGGGUAUUUGCUAGGGGGGUGUAGAAAUAAACACGGUGUGGAGGAAAUAGAAGAUCGGAAAGCCCUCUUGAAGGAAUUCAGUGGAUGAUGUUUGGGCUU